AUUCUUUUUCAAAAGGUCUCAUAUAAAAUGUUGGGCCCACUAAAUUCAAAAUGAAUUGGACUCUACAAUUUUCAUGGACCGGAGAUCGAAACUUGGCCCAAAAUCAACCCAUUAUUAAAUCCCUAAUCCUAAGUGCACUAAUUAACCCUUAAUUAAUCAUCUAAAUAAAUACUCUCAUAUUUGAGAACUGAACUUUAAGAACAGUGGAGGCGGGAGGGUUUUGGCCAUGGCUUCUUCUCUCGUAUCUGCUCAAACAACCGCCUUCCUCCGCAACCCCCUCCCCGACCGCCGCACCGCCGCCUUCCCAGCCCAUGCUUACCGUCUCCCGGCCUUGCCGUAUUCUCACCGCCGCAUAGUCCUCUCAAAACCCUCAAAAUCAAUCACCGCUUGCUCCGUCAAUCCCCCAGAACCGAACCAGUACCCGAUUCGAGACACCCUAUCCGGUUCGACCCGGACAUUCGCGACAAUCGGCGCCGUAGCCCUAGCCGCGUCGAAAGUCCACGGCGGGAGGCUGUUCACGCUGGCCGCGCAGGUGAAGGAGCCGGUGGUGAAAUCAGCGGGGCCGGCGUUCUUCGCGGCCGUGAGGAGAAGCGAGCUGCGGUCGCUGAACACGCCGCUGACGGUGGUGGCGGCUGGGAUGGCGAAGUGGCUGGACCUGUACAGCGGGAUACUGACGGUGAGGUGCAUGCUGAGCUGGUUCCCGAAUAUUCAGUGGGACAAGCAGCCCCUUUCCGCCAUUAGGGAUUUGUGCGAUCCCUAUUUGGGGCUUUUUAGGAAUAUCAUCCCUCCCAUUGGUGGCGUUUUGGAUCCCGCUUCCUUGUUAGCGUUCGGGGUUUUGGGAGCGCUCGGUUCGAUUCUCAAAGGUGCCGGUGCUUAGUAGUUCUGAGGUAGUUCGUUAUGUUU